AUGGCUGCUUCGCGACCUUCAACCAGUGAAAACAUUCUAUCCGAACAGACGGAUGUGUGUGUUGCCAAUGCAAUCGUCAAAACCGGUAUUGGUUUCGGUGCUGGAGUGGUAUUAAGUGCAAUUCUAUUCCAACGUAAAUGUAUUGUAUCAUACUGUGCAGUAACAUCACAUUUUCUUUUAAUAUCUUUGCAUAUGCUUGCAUCAUAG